GCGACUAACAGCGAAAAGCGAUACCAACUUCUAUACUGGUAUGCUCUUCUUCUUCUUCUGCCUAGAAACAAACUGAGAGAGUAGUUCACUUUCUGUAUUGGGUUCUGCCACUUUCAUGGUUUCAUCUUAUCAAAGCCACACACCUUAGGCAAAAAUGGAGAGUAUCUUACUCUUCUUCUCAUCAUUCAAGUUCGCACUCUCGCUCUCACUCAUACUCCACUCACCUUUUUCCUCUGCUCAGAUCAUGCAAGCAGGUUUUGUAAGUUUGGACUGUGGAGGUACAGAAAAAUUUGCUGAUGAAAUUGGUCUUCAUUGGACUCCUGAUGAUAAACUUACUUAUGGACAAAUAAGCACUAUAUCAGUUGUAAAUGAGACAAGGAAGCAAUAUACAACACUUCGACACUUUCCCGCUGAUUCCAGGAAAUACUGUUAUACUCUUGAAGUUGUUAGCAGGACGAGAUACCUAUUGAGGGCCAGCUUCUUAUACGGGAACUUUGACGAUAACAAUGUUUAUCCAAAAUUUGACAUUUCUAUUGGGCCUACGCAUUGGUCUACUAUUGUUAUAUCUGAUGCUAAUAGCAUAGAAAUGCGAGAGCUUAUAUUUUUGGCUUCAAGUCCUACAGUAAGUGUAUGCUUAUCGAAUGCAACAACAGGACAACCAUUCAUAUCUACGCUAGAACUUCGGCAAUUCAACGGUUCAGUUUACUAUACACAAUUUGAGGAACACUUUUAUCUUAGUGUCUCUGCAAGGAUAAAUUUUGGUGCAGAGAGUGAUGCUCCAAUUAGGUAUCCUGAUGACCCUUUUGAUAGAAUUUGGGAGUCAGAUUCUGUGAAGAAAGCUAAUUAUCUUGUUGAUGUUGCUGCUGGAACUGAGAAAAUUUCUACAACAGUACCAAUCGAUGUCAACAGAGAUGAAAUGCCUCCGGUAAAAGUGAUGCAAACAGCUGUAGUGGGUACUAAUGGAUCUCUAACUUACCGGUUGAACUUGGAUGGUUUUCCGGGUACUGGUUGGGCAUUCACCUAUUUUGCAGAGAUUGAAGAUUUGGAUCCCAAUGAAUCUAGAAAAUUCAGGCUAGUACUUCCGGGUCAGCCAGAUAUUAGCAAGGCUGUUGUAAAUAUUGAAGAAAAUGCUCAAGGGAAAUAUCGUCUUUAUGAACCAGGAUUUACCAAUAUAUCUUUACCCUUUGUGCUUUCUUUUAGAUUUGGCAAGACAUAUGAUUCUUCUAGGGGACCUCUCCUUAAUGCCAUGGAGAUAAACAUGUAUUUGGAGAAAAAUGAUGGUUCUCUAGAUGGAGCAACUAUUUCCAAUAUACUUUCACACUACUCUGCAGAAGACUGGGCCCAAGAAGGUGGUGAUCCAUGUUUGCCUGUUCCAUGGUCAUGGGUUCGAUGUAACUCUGAUCCACAACCAAGAAUAGUUUCAAUAUUGUUAUCCAAUAAAAACUUGACUGGAAAUAUUCCUAUGGAUAUCACCAAGUUGGUUGGUUUGGUUGAACUAUGGCUUGAUGGAAAUAUGUUGACUGGUCCAUUUCCAGAUUUUACUGGAUGCAUGGACUUAAAGAUCAUUCAUCUUGAAAACAAUCAAUUGACAGGCGUGCUCCCAACCUCUUUGACAAACCUUCCUAGCUUGAGAGAACUGUAUGUGCAAAAUAAUAUGUUAUCAGGAACAAUACCAUCAGAACUUCUAAGCAAAGAUUUGGUUUUGAACUACUCUGGAAACAUUAAUCUUCACAGAGAAAGCAGAAUAAAGGGACACAUGUAUGUUAUUAUUGGUUCAUCAGUUGGAGCUUCUGUUCUACUUUUGGCUACUAUUAUAUCUUGCUUGUAUAUGCGUAAAGGGAAGAGAAGAUAUCAUGAGCAAGAUCGCAUUGAUUCUCUCCCUACUCAAAGGCUGGCUUCUUGGAAGAGCGAUGAUCCUGCAGAAGCUGCUCACUGCUUCAGUUUUCCGGAAAUUGAAAAUGCUACAAAUAACUUUGAGACAAAAAUUGGUUCUGGUGGUUUUGGAAUUGUAUACUAUGGCAAGCUAAAAGAUGGAAAAGAGAUAGCAGUUAAAGUUUUAACCAGUAAUUCCUAUCAAGGCAAGCGAGAGUUCUCCAACGAGGUUACCCUUCUUUCAAGAAUACAUCACAGAAAUUUGGUACAGCUGCUUGGGUAUUGCCGAGAUGAAGAGAGUAGUAUGCUUGUUUAUGAGUUCAUGCAUAAUGGCACUCUCAAGGAACAUCUUUAUGGCCCAUUAGUGCAUGGACGGAGUAUCAAUUGGAUUAAGCGCCUAGAGAUUGCAGAAGAUGCUGCCAAAGGAAUUGAAUAUCUUCAUACAGGUUGCAUUCCUGUCGUUAUCCAUAGAGACUUAAAAAGCAGCAAUAUUCUUCUCGACAAGCACAUGAGAGCCAAGGUUUCAGAUUUUGGUCUUUCAAAACUUGCUGUUGAUGGAGUUUCCCAUGUUUCAAGCAUAGUUCGGGGGACAGUAGGAUAUUUGGAUCCUGAGUACUAUAUUUCCCAGCAGCUGACUGACAAGAGUGAUGUUUAUAGUUUUGGUGUAAUUCUUCUUGAACUCAUAUCUGGUCAAGAAGCAAUAUCGAAUGAAAGCUUUGGUGUAAAUUGCCGAAACAUAGUCCAAUGGGCAAAAUUACACAUUGAGAGUGGAGAUAUACAGGGUAUUAUCGACCCCUUGCUGCGGAAUGACUAUGACCUUCAAUCGAUGUGGAAAAUAGCAGAGAAAGCAUUGAUGUGUGUUCAGCCCCACGGACAUAUGCGGCCAACGAUUUCAGAAGUUAUAAAGGAGAUCCAAGAUGCAAUAUCUAUUGAGAGACAGGCAGAAGCAUUAAGAGAAGGCAAUUCAGAUGACAUGUCAAAACAUUCUUUUCAUUCUUCCAUGAACAUGGGGUCAAUGGAUCUAGGUGGAGCUGAGAGUUACCUGUCAAUUGAUGAAUCAAUUGCACAGCCCACAGCAAGAUAGAUCUCUCUUGUAAACAAAAGCAAAUUUUCCUUCUUCGGAUUUUAUUUUUUCUUUCAUUACUUCUUUGUAUGUGGAGGCCUUGUUAAUAUGCGAUUUAAUGAUUGGUGCCACCUCCUAAACAAAUGAACAGUCUAUAUGUAUGUAUUUGGAGUUAAUGUCUUCUGCCUUUGCAAGCACUGAUGGCAUUGUAUACAUUGAAUUGCCAUAGCAGGAUGUCAAUUUUGAAAAAAUAUUGAUUCUUUGUUCCA